AUGACCUCGUCAUGUAGCUCUGGAGUGGCCUUAGGGCUCAGUUCCCAGCCCAGCUGCAGCACCCCAGUGCCAGUACAAAGAAAUUCCUUCCCGGCGCUGCAUCUCCUUUUGCCACAGAGCCAUUCGCUCUCCCUGCUCAGCCAGGAGGAUAUCCUUGAGAGCUUCAACAGGAGCUUCUGCAACGUGAACGAUGCUCUGGGAGCUGAUCUGUUGGACUGCAACUUCUCCAUCCCUGACCCACAGCUGGUCCGCAGGAUUGUGUCCCAGGUGGAGUUCUACCUCUCAGAUGAGAACCUGGCUAAGGAUGCCUUCCUCCUGAAACAUGUCCAGAAGAACAAGAUGGGCUUUGUCAGCAUCAAACUGCUGACGUCCUUCAAGAAGGUGAAAUACCUGACACGUGACUGGCGGCUCACGCUCUAUGCCCUGCAGUUCUCCGAGCUGCUGGAGGUGAACAAGGAGGGCACCAAAGUGAGGCGGCGGGUCCCCAUCCCAGAGUCCCUGCUGAGCAUCCCCCCCAGCAAGCUGCUGCUGGCCUGGGAGCUGCUGCCCCAGGAGCAGGAUGUGCUGCCGCUGCUGCAGAAGAAUUUCCUGGAGACCAUCACAAGGUUGUUCAGCCCCUUCGGGGCUAUUGCCUCCAUCCGCAUCCUGCGCCCGGGCCGCAAGCUGCCCUCGGAUGUACGAAAAUACACGUCACGCUUCCCCGAGCUGCUGAGCAAGUGCUGUGCGCUGGUGGAGUAUGAGAGCCUGGAAAGCGCCUGCAGGGCCUUCGAGGACCUGGGCCACCAAAGCCGACUGGGCAGUGAGAGCAUCAAAGUGGUCCGGCUCUGCGGGAAGGGCUCCAAGAAGAAAGGUGGAGCUGAGAGGGAGGUGGCGAAGGAGCUGGGGGACCAGCUGGGCUGGAAGGCACAGGUGGCAUCCACACCGGUACCCUACAGCAUCGGGGACUCCCUGCUCUGCAGCUCCCUGGAGCCAGACGGUGCCCUGGUGUCACGGUCCCCCCUCCUGAGCAAGGACCCCCCGGCACCCGACUGGCCCAGCGGUGACUUCAAGCCCAGCGCCUUCAGCAGUGCCUUCGCCGGGUCGCUGCUCACCAGCAAAGUCUUCCCUCCGCUGGGCACAGGCUGGAGCACCAGCAGCUGCUGCAGCCUUUGCUCUGGCCCCGAGAGCCGCAGCAGCUGGGGGAGUGGGCUGGGUGCUGGUGCCCCCUGGCACAGCCCCGCUCUGGAUGCCAGCCCUUUCCCCAGCCGUGCCCUGGCAGCCAAGCAGGUGACAGAGCCCCUCAGCCUGCAGGAUGGGGUCCUUCGCCUGCCCCAUGGCCCCGAUGGCACCAAGGGCUUCUGCAGCAGCUUUGGGAGAGGGGAGCUCGUCCUCCGGCACUGA